AUGAUGUCAAUGCUACCGAGUCGUAUGUUGAGGCAGCGGACAGCGCUUGCCGCUGUGAGAGGUUUGCGCACGGGGAGUAGGGUUAUGGUGGAGUUGAAGGAUAAGGAGAGACCAAUGACUGUCAAUGCUGAGUUGCCUGAUCCUAUGGCUGGACGCCGUAAGCGUAUUGCAGCAUUUGCUGCGUUUUCUUUAGCAACUGGUAGUGCCCUGGCUGUGAUAUUCAACUAUGAGAAAACAGAGUCGGCGAUUGUUUCGAACACGAUGUACUAUAUGCGUAGGUCUGGCCAGACAAUCGACGCUUUGGGUGAGAACAUCGAAUUUGCCGGUGUGAUUCCAUGGGUCUGGGGUGAACUGAACCCAGUGGCCGGUAAGAUCAAUAUAACUUUCUCUGUCAAGGGUAAGAAAGGCGUCACUGGUAUCGUUAAACUUGUAGCUGACAGAGAGAACCGCCGUGAAGAAUUUAGAAUCCACGAAUGGAGUCUGACUGUCCCAGAUAAAAAGAUAGACCUUUUAGCUGAGAAUCCACAUUCCUCAUUUGAUUAA